CACUGCAAAAUCCAUGAAUAUCAUCAGUCGUCUAAGCAAGAGUUUAGCUCAAGAGUGUGUGAUUUUAAAAUCUUUGUGAAUUUUAAAAUUAAACUUUUAAAAUGAAAAUUUUUAUAGUGUUAUUCAUGACCUGGAAUUUGUUUGGUUCCCAGGCACAAAUUUCGCUUGACUAUUUACCACCACCACCAUGUUCGAAUCAACAGCCCCCAAGAUGUCCUUUACCUCCACCACAAAUUCCAUGUCCAAGCUGUCCAUCUCAACGAAACUGUCCAAGCUGUCAACCUGAAAGAAUAUGUCCAAGAUGUCCAAUACCGUUCCCUCCUCAACAAUGCAAACCUCCUGUUCAAUGUCCACAAAUAUCAUGUCCUAGAUGCCCACAAAUAUUCCAGCAACAACAGCAAUGCCCAAGCUGUCCAUUAUGUCCCCGAAUUUUCCCCCCUCCUGCAUGUCCAAAACAGCAGCAAUGUGACAAUCGACAAACAUGUCCAUUCUGUCCACAACAAAGACAAUGUCCACCGGAAAGAAUUUGCCCAUCUUGUCCACCGAGAAUUCAAUGUCCAAUUCCACAACCACCACAACCAUGUCCACAACCCCCACCUCAACCGUUCCCAAUUCAAUGUCCAGCUUGUCCUUCAUUUCCCCCACAACGCCCAUGUGAUUGUGGCCGAACAAUAGUAGAAGAUGAUGGAUAUGACUAUACACCACCAAGAGUUAAGUUCUUUUUUAAGAAAUGA